CGCCUUUUAAAACUUUGGUCUAUCAACACCGUCAUAAAAUAAGCUUGCAUCACAUUGGGCAUCAUGCCUUCCAUUACAUAGGAGAACUUACUAUAAUAUAGCAGUUGAGGAACACUCUUCUUUGGUGUCCCUAACCCUCCUUUUCUCUUCUGCCAACCUUAUCUCAAUGAGAACAUCCAAGAAUGUUGAAGUUGUGUUUUAUGUCUAAUUUAAAUUAGAAUUUCAGACUAGUAAAGCAAACUUUAGAAAAUAAGGAUCAUGAGUAAGAAGUGGGAAAGAAGACACCAUGAAGAAUUGACAGACACUGACUCCAUUAUAUAAGGUUAUCUACAUAGGUCUUGUUGCUUCCCUCUUUGCUCUAUAGGGACAUAAAGUUUGAGAUUUCGGGCUUCAUAUCUCAGAUGUGUUAACGAGUACAAGAAAGAAUUAAUCGAGCAAGUUCCUGCUAAUUGAGCAUAAUUAAUAUAAAAGGAUAAAAAGAUGAUGAAACCUCCAUCAAGUUAGAUUCUGUGAAUCAAAAUGACGCUGUUUUGCUAUGGAAAGUUGUUGUAGUCACCGAUUAUAAUCACCCCAAGAUUCAAACCUUGACCAACACAACUUUUUGCCACCUUUGCGCUGGUCAGAUCCUUCUCUUCCCUAUUUUAAUUAUUUGUCAACACCUUAUGGCAGGCCAAAAACCUAAGUAUUGUCACCACUCAACCAACAUCCGACAAAUAGUCAAAUCAAAAUUUUGGUAAACGAACGCCGGAAUUAAAAAAAUAAAUAAAUAAAAAUCUUUCUCUCAUCAACCAAAUAUAUAUACAGAAGCAGAGGAACCUCACCUUACCAUUAUUCUCAUGGGGCUUAAGAUUCAAAGCUUGCAGUUUUUUCAGCUUGGGCGGUUCUUCAACUCUAAAACGCGACGGACUUAUCCGGCGCAGCCGAAAUCGUCGUCGGUUAAGGUUAUUGGGCUGGACGGGCGGGUCAUGGUCUAUAACCAGCGGGUCAAAGCGGAGGAGUUGAUGAAGGAACAUGCUAGCCAUCUCGUUUGCCGGUCGGACUCUGUCUUCAUAGGGCAGAAAUUGUCAGCUCUUUCGGCCACAGACGAGCUUCAGAUGGGCGAGAGCUAUUUCAUUCUUCCAUCUCAAUUCUUUCAAUCCGUUCUCUCCUUCGUCACCAUAGCCUCGUCGAUCGCGAAAAUCAGUGGCGGAGGAGUUGGUUCUUUCAGGCAUUUCGACAUACACAAGACGGACAAUGGAAAGCUGCAGAUAAGGAUUAGCGAAGAGGUGGAUCAGAUGAUUGGGGAGGAGGAAGAGGAAAUAAGAAAAGACGGGGUUUUGUGCACAACGAAAGAUAUGGUGAAGGAAUAUGGAAAGAUCGUGGGAUCGAAUGCGCAGCGGUGGAGGCCGAAGCUAGAAGUGAUAGCUGAGUCGCCGGAGGGGAAGAGGCGAAGCAGAAGCGGGACAAAUCAUAUUUGGGGAUUUUAAUGGAUUGAGGAGGAAAGAUAGAGAUAAUCUCUGCCCUAAGUU